AUGAACCUCCGUUUCACAGACUCUCCAAAUGCACGCUCAAAAUCAAUCACGACUGCCGACGGCAUAGACACAUUUGGUAUCUUGAAUCAGCACUCUACAGGAAACGCUGCCUACCAGGUAGGUAUAUUCGAGGAUGUGGGUACACGACGAUAUAUGGAAGAUGCACAUUCAUUCGUGGUCGACUAUGCUGGUGUGCGAGGGCAGGGAUUCUUUGCUGUUUUUGAUGGUCAUGCAGGAAAACACGCAGCUGAGUGGUGUGGCGCCCAUUUUCACGAGUAUCUCCUCGAUGCACUCCGCACUUCCUCCAGCGCCACUAUUCCGGACGUUCUAAAUGAAACAUUCCACAACGUCGACAAACGCAUUUCUCGCCUCAGCGAAGAAUCCGAUGGUAAGAUCCACUCAGGAUGCACAGUUGUAACCGCCUUCCUUCGCAUCGAGGAUGCAGAUGGACGGCAAUCCUUCCUCCCUACACCUCCACUUUCCCCGCCGUCCCCUACUGAAAGCGGGAGCCGCAGUGGCAGCGAGUCUCCGACAGAACCAACGGAUGAAUCUAAGGAGACAGGCAAGAAGACAAAGAACAAGUCCCCUGCUUCGGCUUCCCGUUUUGCAAGGGCGCUCAAAUCCCUGAGCGGCUCCUCACAAACCUCACCCUCUCCCCCCUCUGUACUCUCCGCCACACGUAGCCCGACCUCUCCACCUUCCAUGCACACACACACAAUUCCAAUCGAUCCACCAGUCAACUCGCGGCGCGUGCUUUAUACCGCCAACGCGGGUGACGCACGCGGGGUACUCUGUCGUGCGGGUCGCGCAGUGCGCCUCACUUACGACCACAAGGGAAGCGAUAAGCAGGAGGCAAAACGUAUCACUGAUGCCGGUGGAUUUGUCAUGAGCGGGCGCGUCAACGGCGUUUUGGCAGUAACACGGAGUCUGGGAGACAGCAGUAUGAAGGAGUAUGUCGUUGGGAGUCCAUACACGACUGAAACCGAGUUAGGAAGCGAGGACGAGUUCCUGAUCCUCGCUUGUGAUGGGCUUUGGGAUAUCACGGGCGAUCAGGGAGCGAUCGAUCUCGUGCGGCAUAUUUCGGAUGCACAAGCAGCCGCAGAAACGCUCGUGAAGCAUGCUCUAGAACGGCAAACAAAUGACAAUGUCACUGUCCUCGUGGUGAGGUUAAAAGCGCUCGGAUCCGCAGAAUCCGUGGUACUCGCUUGA